ACAAAGAGCAAGAAACUGUGACGUAAUUCCCUUGGCUUGAAUUUGUGAUCCUUGUAAGCUAGCGUUUUGUUUUUGUAUGUAACCUUUUUAAGAAAGAGGAGUCUAAUCGAGUCUUAAGUGUUGGAUAGAUAACUAGGUUAAGUCAUGACCGAACAGAACAACGGGAACGCCGCUGUGGAGGGCGUCGUGGACCUGGAUGAGCCCAAGAAGAUGACCCGGGAGGACUGGAGGAAGAAGAAGGAACUUGAGGAACAGAGAAAGCUGGGAAACGCUCCAGCUGAGGUGGACGAGGAGGGCAAGGACAUAAACCCGCACAUCCCUCAGUAUAUUUCCUCCGUGCCGUGGUAUAUUGACCCAUCCAAAAGGCCCACACUUAAACAUCAGAGACCACAGAGGGAACUUCAAGAAAAUUAUUCUGCCAUUGGAGAAUGGUAUAAAAGAGGAGUGCAAGAGAACACUCUUGCUACAAAAUUCCGCAAGGGUGCCUGUGAAAACUGUGGCGCAAUGACACACAAGAAGAAAGAUUGUUUGGAGCGACCUAGAAAAGUCGGGGCAAAGUUCACAGGUACAGGUAUCGCACCAGAUGAACAUUCUCAGGUGCAACUCAAACUGGAUUACGACGGAAAGAGAGAUCGUUGGAAUGGCUACGACCCAGAGGAACACCAGCGCAUAGUGGAGGAGUAUGCCAAAGUGGAUUUGGCCAAAAGGACACUGAAGGCUCACAAGCUUCAGGAUGAGUUGGCUUCAGGGAAGCUAGACCAAUCGGAGCGGGAACAUGACAGCGAGGAUGAGGAUGAAGAUAAAUACGCAGAUGAUAUCGACAUGCCCGGUCAAAACUUCGACUCCAAGAGACGAAUCACUGUCCGGAAUUUGCGUAUCAGGGAAGACACAGCUAAAUAUUUGAGGAAUCUGGAUCCAAACUCUGCCUACUAUGAUCCCAAAACCCGCGCAAUGAGAGAAAACCCGUACUCCAGCACUGGCAUGAACCCCGAUGAAGUGGGAUAUGCUGGAGACAACUUUGCCCGCUAUAGUGGUGACACCAUCACCAUGGCUCAAACACAAAUGUUCGCUUGGGAAGCCUACGAGAGGGGCUCUGAAGUGCAUCUGCAAGCUGACCCCACCAAGCUGGAGCUGCUUCAUCGGUCCUUUAAGGUCAAGAAAGAAGACUUCAAAGAGCAACAGAGGGAGAGCAUCCUGGAGAGGUAUGGAGGCCAGGAGCACUUGGACGCACCCCCGCGGGAGUUGCUGUUGGCUCAGACCGAAGACUACGUGGAGUACUCUCGUCAUGGCGCCGUCCUGAAAGGUCUCGAGAAAGCUGUGGCUCGCUCCAAGUAUGAAGAAGACGUACUCAUCAACAAUCACACCUGUAUUUGGGGCUCCUACUGGAAGGAUGGCUUCUGGGGAUACAAGUGCUGCCACUCCAUGGUCAAACAAAGUUACUGCACAGGAGAUGCUUGCAUUGGAAUUAGCAACUCUGAGUGUGUUCCGUUCGAAGACGGUGUGAAUGAAAUGCAAGAGGAAGAGCAGCCCAAGACUCUGCUGGAGAUGCACCAAGAAAAAAUGAAAGAGAAGAAAAAGAAAAAGAAGUAUAAAAAGAAUAAGAAGCACGUCAGCAGCGACAACAGUGAUUCAGAGGAUGAAGAGAAAAAGAAAGAGAAGCUGAAGAAGGCUCUGGAAGCAGAAGACAAGCGUGUGAAGCAUGUGGAAGCAAUGAUGCAGCUGGACGAAAGGAAGAGGCCGUACCACAGCCUGCAGGAAGUCAAGGCCCCCACUGAGGAGGAGAUCGAGGCCUUCCGCAUGAAACGCUGUCGGCCAGAUGAUCCUAUGGCUUCCUUUCUUGGACAGUGACGUCUCCCUCUUCUCCGCUGCUGCCCCCGCAAAACUUUCGCCUGGAGCUUUGCCGGAGCUGUUGCUCAGUGAAACAGUGUCUCACACAAUACACUCAAAUUCAGUCUCACAAACGACCGCACGUGAUUGGGCAUUUCCAGGACUAUGGAAGACACAUUUUCUUUCUUUUUAACUAGAUUGCAUUCAUACAAAACUGCCCCCACAGUAACUACAGUCAAAUAAAAAUAAUUAUAGUGUUAUGCUUUUUUUUCUAAUAAAACGACUUUGCUG